UGCAGUUGGGAGAGUGGCCACUACUCCUGUGACUGGGGAGGAGAGACAGUUCCAGGAAGUACGCAGUUCAGUUGGAGAAUUAAAACAGCACCUAAACAGAGCCAUUCUUUGCCUUUUCUUCUUCAGAACCCAUGUUUUCACAUUUUUCCUUUGACUGUGUCCUGCUUUUGCUGCUACUACUUACAAGGUCUUUGGAAGGAGUAUACGUGUCUGAGGUGGGUCAGAAUGCUGAUCUGCCCUGCACCUACUCUCCAACCACCCCUGAGAAUCUCGUGCCUGUGUGCUGGGGCAAGGGAUCCUGCCCUGUAUUUGAAUGUCACAGUUUGGUACUCAGCACUGAUGGAAGGAACUUGAGCUAUCGGACAUCCAGCAGAUACCUACUAAAGAGGAAUUUCCGCAAAGGAGACGUGACCUUGACCAUAAAGAAUGUAACUUUAGCUGACAGUGGGACCUAUUGCUGCCGGAUCCAAUUCCCGGGCCCAAUGAAUGAUCAAAAAUCAAACCUGGAGUUGGUCAUCAAACCAGCCAAGGUCACCCCUGCUCGGACUCCGUGGAGGGACAUCACUACAGCCUUUCCAAGGAUGCUCCCCACCGAGGGACCGGGCUCAGAGACACAGACACUGGAGACCCUCCAUGAUAAAAAUCAAACAGAAAUAUCCACACUGGCUAAUGAGUUACAAGACCUGGGCGCCACCACCGGAAUAGGCCUCUACAUCGGAGCAGGGGUUUCUGCUGGGCUGGCUCUCGUUCUUAUCUCUGGUGCUUUAAUUCUCAAAUGGUAUUCUGAUAGCAAAGAGAAGAUACACAAUUUAAGCCUCAUCACUUUGGCCAGCCUCCCUCCCUCGGGGUUAGUGAAUACAGCAGGAGAGGGGACGCAUGCAGAGGAAAACAUCUAUAUCAUUGAGGAGAACGUAUAUGAAAUGGAGGAUCCAUACGAGUAUUACUGCUCCGUCAGCAGUGGGCAGCAGUCCUGACAACCCCUGGGCUGUUGUCUUUCAACGCCACCAGAUUCACCACUUCCCUUUGGGGUUUGGUGUUAUCUUCUUUGAAAACUAUGAGAUGGCUCACCUGACUGGUUUUAGAGGUUCUGUCCUUGGCCACCGAGCAGAGUUUUUCCAUGUUCUGAAGAUAAGUAGCUCACCCGAGGACUGAACUGGGACCAGCAUUGUACUUAGACAGGCACAACAUUACCUCUGUGUUCCCGCCACCCAACUCGGAGACUGCUAAUCAGGGCAUUAGAGCUCAAAUGGGCUUUUAUAGAGAGUAGGAAUUCUUAAUAUGGGGUCUCUGGAAUUCCAGAUAUUCAGUUAUAUGGUGUGUCCAUGAAGCUCCUGAAAAUACAGGGGAAAUUAUGUGCUGAGAUACGUGCGUGUCUUUGUCGGUACAGGAAGUCUAAAGGGACCGCCGAUGCUCAAAGAGCUCUGUGCACCGUAGCAGGUUAGGAAACUGUUGGAGUAGGAGUAGAUGGUCUUGAAGGUUCCCUUUGAGUCUCAAGGUUUAUGCUUCUUUGAAUGUUGACUCUGUGACAGUAUGUGCCAGUGCACAGCUCUCCUUGACCUAAGUUAAGAAGACUGCCCAGCAAGGCCUGCGGUGUGGCAGGUGCUUCUGGAGAAAAAGGAAGUACGCUCGGUGUGUGUUGACAGGUUUUGCUUAGGGUGCACUCAGAGGGAAAGAUCUCUGACCAACUUCUCCAUUCAUGGAGAGAAGUGGAGCUGUGUUUUUCACAAAAGAAGAAGCAAUGACUGGGACGCAAAUUCUGUUUCCUGGUGGAAAGUAGGUAAAGGGCUCCAGCCAUCUGUAUUUAUCCAUGUCAGAUCCCCUGAUGGAAAGACAGUGGUCCUUAAGCUUCAGUUCCAAGGUGGUAGAGAGUAGGUCUAUCUUGCCUAUUUGCUUCCUCCCCAUUCUUGGCACAGCUCUGACACAUAAUACUGAUAGAAAUUUACUAAAUAUCUUUGGAGUGAAAAAAUUAAGGAAGCAGAAAGGUAGAUUUCUGGGAAGACUUUUCCAUUGGAGAGCUCAGAUAGAGCUUCACUUGUUGGGGAACUCGAAAAUACUCCUAAGCUCCCGUUUCUGCUCUUGUCCAGCAUCUGCUCUUCUCAGCAUCCUCUCCCAGCUCAGGCCCUUGGAAGUGUGUUAUUGUCUUUUUUCCCCUUUCUGCUGAAUGAAUCAACAAUAGGGACCUGUCGCUGCCUGAAAACUGCCUUCCCCAGGUGAUGACUGAGCUGCUACUGCGUUGCAUGCAGGAGAUGUUGGUCACCAAGGAUGCGGGCAGCCUGUCUGUUACAGUGUUUGGGCUGCAUCUGGGCGGUAUUGGGAAGCACUGGCUUUCUACAGGGAGAUUUGUAAGGGAGAUCAUUUUGCAAAGUUCCAGGCAGUAGCUUUUAAACAAGGUGAAAAAUUAAGUGUUUUAAAUUUAUGAAAUUCUAGAGGGAAGGGACCACAGAAAACACAUGGACCAGAUCAAUGAUUCCCCCACAAAAGGGAUUCUUAUUCUGCAAAAAUCUUUACACAAGGAUAUGUAUACAAGGACGAUCAUUGCAAUGGUGUUUGUGAGAGAUGUUUUCCAUCAGUUGGGGAAUAAUUGGUUAUUGUGGUAUGUCAACACACUGGCACAAGUAAAAAAAAUUAGGUGGUUUCAUCAUUGAGCUGUUUUGCUAAUUCAACAAAUAUUAAGUGCUUACUCUGUGCCAAGUUCUCUGGUGCUGGGAUCAUAGAGAAAGAGCAAAUAGACACAUCCCUGACCCCAUAGAACUUCUGAUUGAUCUGACAGGAAGGAUGAUUUCAUUCAUUCAUUCAUUCAUUCUUUCAGUGAACAUUUUUUGUCACCCACUUUGUGCCAGACACUGUUUUAGUUCCUAGAAAUAUAGCAGUGAAGGAAACAGGCAAGAUCCCGACUCUCACAGACCUUGUGUUACUUGUCAAAGGAGAAAUCUAUAUUGCUAAGUCAAAAGAAAAAAAACGUUCUAGAAUAGUAUAUAUAGUUAAUGCUAAUUUUUUUUUUUUGCCUUUAAAUAAUCUGGAAGAAUAUUCCCAAAAUAAUAUGGUUAUUCCACAAGGGCAAAUAGUCAAAAGAUAGAGUUUCACUUUUUGCUUUUAUGUGCUUCUAUAAUUUGAAUUAUUUUAUCCAUUUUUUGUAAUAAAAAAAUAGAUUUAAAUACUGUAGCAAUGUUUUCCUGUCCACCCUCCUCCUCAUAGAAAGAAAUGAAGACUUGGAUAAGUUAAGUUCAAGGUCAAGGUGGGCAGUAGAGUGUGCCAGCACUGUAGACAUGUCUAGAGUGUUCCAGCAGAGAUUGGAACCCUGGUUUUCAGGGUAGGAUCCACUCUACAUCAAUUAUUUGUAAUACGGAAGAUGGCAGAAAAGGUAACAAACUGUCAAGCUACCCCAAAGGGUCUGGGCGAUGACAAGUGGUCACUGAAUUAAAAACAAUGUAAAAAGAUUGAAUGUAUGGUUUGCUCUUAGAAGUGCUUAGGAUUUUUCUUCCAGAGCUCUGCCAUAGAGACCCACAGUACAGGAAGAGGCUCCCUGAUGUCUUAAGACUGAAAAACUAAGGUCUUACCAUGUUUUAACUGCCUAUCACUUCUAGUGUUAGAAUUCCCCAGGCAGAAAUUCUAAGUGGUUUAACCUGUCAUUAAUUUAUUUGGGGGCAUCCCCUCAUGCCUAGGCCCAUAUAAAUUUAAUUCUCAUUUAAGUUUGAAUUAAAAAAAAACUGAAUACAAAUUAAUUUUGUGUCCAGAUUUCUACUGAGAAGGUCUUUCUCGAGGUAAGUAGAGAUGCCCUUAGUGCUGUAAUUUUUAAGAUUUUUGUCAUCCUUUUCUGGGGCUCAGUUGGGAAGUGGGAAAAAGGAGAGGGGCAGCUGGAACACUUGGUUGGAGGGUUUUCAAGCUUCAGGAGGGCUCAGAUUUUGGCCUAUUUUCAGUGGAAAACCUACGCAAUGGAGCAAUAUGAGUCAGAAAUGUGAGUUUCAGGAUUCUAGAUCCUCUAAUAUCUUUUUUUUCAGUUGUAUUGACUGUAAUUAUAAAGGUCAUUCCAAGUCACUCUUUUAUUAGUAGUAGUUUUCUUUUGUAAAUUCUUGGUCAAACUCCUUCUGCUUAUGGUGUGACUCUUUUUCCAGAGAAAGCAGUGAUGUUUAAAAAAAAAAAAAGUUAUUUAAGCUAUUCAGGUGUGGUGGUGGCACUGGGACAUCUGUUUAAAUACCCACAUUAUUUUAAUAUAAUUGUUUUGUGGGUGGGUCACCUUUGGAAAAUAUUUUAUUAUAGCUUUAUAGUCUAUACUUAACAACCUGCUUCAUGAUAAGUUGACAUGUCCUUUGUAAUUUCUACAUCUUGAAAUUGUACUUUUUCAUGCAUUUUACACCUAGUUCGUGUAAAAUAGAAAUAUUUCACGCUCCAAUGCAGUGUUAUCUUCUUUUGGUCAGUUCUGAAAUAUCCAUAUAUCUAUAUCGAAUCUGUUUUAAAUUUUAUUACCCAGUUUUGCUUGCCAUUCCUCUUCACUUGCAUGCAGAAUUUAGUUCUUGUUCUGGAAACCCUUAAGUAAAAAGUAACAACUGUAAAAAUAUAGGUGAAGGUUGUUAUAAUGUAGAUUUUUGAUUCAUUUCUUUAUCCCAAAGUUCACCACAAGAUCUUAGCAAAAAUCUCUUGACCUUAGUCUGAGGGCUGAAGCAAGGAGCCAAUGGUGAGGGGCUUUGAAAGCUGCCAGCUGCCCAGGCCUCAGUGAAGUCCUCAGAGGCCUUUCCUGUUCUCUCCAGCAAGCCUCCUACUCCAACAAAAAUUCCUGGUAGCUAAGCAGCAGCCGGACAGCUUCUAACCACCAUGGAAGAAAGGAGUUUUCUGAAUAGAUGGAAUUUCAGGUGAGAACUAGGGAAUAUGACAUUUAGUUAUCCUAGCUGCCUUAUUUCAAGCAAAUGUGUUUACAAGGAACUCUGGGUGGGCAAGCUAACUUGGAGCCAGUUGCUUUACAGUACGUUGAGACUCUGAGUAAGAAUCUCUAAGCAGAAAAUACAUCUUGUUGGAGUGCUUGUUUCCCUUUUUUUUUUUUUAAGGUUUUUAUUUUGAAAUAAUUUGAGAUUUGCCAAAAAAUUGCAAUGAUAGUACAAAGAGUUCCUAUAUUCAGCAGUUUUUUCAGUUAACAGCUUAUAUAACCAUGGUACCAUUUGUCCAAACUAAGAUCUUAACAUUGGCACAUGACUAUUAACUAAACUACAAAUUUUGCUUGGAUUCCUACUACUGGCUUUUAAAAUUUUAAAUUAAGUGCUUUUUGAAAAAUAGAGUAGAGUUUAAAUUAAAGGUGAAAGUCCCUAUUCCCUGUCCUCUCUAUCAAAAUUUCUCCCCAGUCCUACUCCACAGGAACACUCCUUCUAGGCCAGCACUGUCCAGUAGAAAUACAGUGUUGUUGUUGUUGUUUUUCAUUUUAAGUCUUCACAAUCCAGUGAGUAUUUUCCAUUUAGAGCACAUCUCCAUUCUGACUAGUCACAUUUUAAGUGCUCAAUAGCCGCAUGUGGCUAUUGGCUCUAGAAUUAGCAAAGUUCUGGGCCAUUCUCUAUUUUCUCUCUCAUACACACACACACACACACACACACACACACACACACACACACGCACACACGGUAACCUAAUUUUUUCCACUGCUUAUAGAAGACCAUCGCUCCAUGUCAGAAUGGGACAACAGCCUUUACUUAGAUAGCUAUGUAGUAUUAAGUAGAACAAAUGUGCAUAACCUAUUAAAUCACUUACUUCCGCAUGCAUAGAUGUUUAGUUGGUUUUUUUUUUUUCCCCAUUUCAAAUAAGGCUGCAAGGAACAUACUUUAUUCAGAAACCUAUGUGCAUUUGUGUACUUCCAACGUAUAUGAUUCUGAAUAUGGAAAUGCUGUGUCAAAGGAUGUGAUUGUAUUUGAAGUAUCAUGACAAUAGAACAGUAGUAUAUUUUUGAACAAAUAUACCAGUCAGUGUAUUACUAAAUGCAUAUUAUCUUUCUCAAGGCAAUCAUUUUAGAAAGCAAUUUAUUUCAACAGUGUUCCUUUCACUCAAAGUAAUUUGUUUUUGGUUUUUGAAAUUUGACUUAAGAAUCAGUUUAAGCUAAAAUAACUAGGCCUAGUGACUCUCGUAGGCCUUACUCCUUUGUAGUCACAGUUAAUAUUUAUUCACUCAUUUAUUUCCUCCCUCCCUACUCCCCUCCCUCCAUUCCAUCCAUCCAGUUCCACUUUUGCUUUCCUAAUAGUUUGUUCUCCUCACACAGCAGCCUAAGUAUUUUCUUUUUCUUUUUUAAAACUCAUCAACCAGGUUCAAUUACUCUGUUACUUAAAACCUUUCAACAGCUUCACCAGGGCCUGGAUUUCUUCUGACCUCACCAACCCCUCCUUUUUUUUUGUUUCAUCCACACUGGUUUCCUUUCUGCUUCUAGAACAGACCAAGUCCUUUCUGGUUCCAGCACCUUUUUCAGUGAACUUGUGUCCCUCUGUUUAGAAUGCUUCUUUCAGACUGUUUGCAGAGCUGCCUCUUUCUCAUCUUUGAGUUUCCAGCUUAAAUAUCAUCUAAGAGCUUUCCCUGAACACCCUAUCAAAAGUGCCAACCUGCCCACCUCUAUUCCAGUUUAUUCCCUACAUAGUUUGUUUGAAUCUGAAAUUCUAAUUGUUUACAUUUUUAUGAUUUGUCUCCCCCAACCCUCAACUGGAGAGUAACUGUCACUUAUCUUAUAUCUUAAGGACCUAGUGCAAAGCCUGACCUGUAUUGGGUGCCAAAUAAAUAUUUGUAGACGGAUUGAAUGAAUGAAUGUAUGCCUGCUGUACUGCAGACUCAAGCCACAGUACAGGCACCACAGAUACUACAAAGAUUUGUUUUUCCUUUAAGGAAGUCAGAGCCCAUCAGGACAGCAUGAUGGCCAAGCAAAUGAUUAUAAUAAAAGGCAAUAAGCAUUGGCAGACCUGCAUACUAGAUUCUGAGUGAUGCAGAAAAGCAGUUUUUGGUGAUUUUUUUUUUUCUUUUUCCUGAAAAUACUUAUCCUUGUCUUUACCACUUCUUUAAUUUAGCUCUAUAAAAUUCCAGCUGACUCUCAUUGAAUAAGGAUAGCCUGGCACAUAGCAGACGCUCAAUAAAUAUUAAUUGGGUGAAUGAAUUAAGUGAUACAGGUGACAUGGAUUCCAACAGCAGACCUCCAAAAAACAUAUAGUGACCCGAUAUAUUUUCUACUUUGUAGAAAGACAUGUGUUUUGCAGUGUAAGCCCUUGUAUAUUUAUUAAAGCAUUAUUUUAUAAUCGUUCAUCUUUCUGGAGGCUUGGUGAUGUCUGAAUGUUGCUUUAGGCAACUUAAAUUGCUUUCUUUUCUGUCUAUCUGGGAUAAAGAAAAGGAUGGUUGUAAUUAGGCUGUGUAAAACACGUUACACGAAUGUAAAAGACUUCCACUUUUGUAAGAACCUGCAGUUUUGGGACGUGUUUUUUGUUUUCUUUAGUUAAAACCCUUUACGUGUAUUAUAUAAGCAGUGCAUUGGUACAUUCUUGUUGUAAAAUGCUCAAAUGAUACAUAAAUGUAUAGCCUUCAACUGAAAGUCCCCCUUGCCUCAGCAUGCUUCCCUACCAGAGAGGACACUCUGAAUAGUCUGAUCCGUAUCCACAUACAUCUUUCCUGUGACAUUUCCAUACAGGUACAUAUGCAUAUACAUACACUGUCAUUCUGUCGCAGUGUUUCACAAAAAUGGGUUCCCAUGAAAUAGAAUUGUUUUUUUCACUUACUAUUUCUUGGAAAUAGUUCCAUGGGAGUGUCCCAAUAAAAUGUCGACAUUCUUUAUCAACAUAGAUAGUUAACAAGCAGAGGGUUCUGUCAACACUGUGUUAAGUCCCAAUGCUCACCACCAACAGGGUGCCUUGACAAAGGUUUUGACAGAGCUCAGCAUACAUUUUGAAUAAUUGCUACUAGCACAGGAGUUCGACUGGUGCCCAAGUCAUGCAGUGGUCUUGGUUUGGGAGACUGCUGAGUCCUUUAGAAAAUUCCCCUAACCCUAUCUGAUAAAAGCCCAACGCUAUUAUGUUUUUUUUGAUCCACCCAUCUUCCCUAAAAUGGAUGUAGAGGAAAUGGCUCACAAUCAUGUGUUACUGCAGCAAGGCACACUGGCUAAAACUGAAAGUUUUCAUCCCAAAACAAACCUGUUGUCAACGUUUUUAAGUAGAAAGCAUUGUUUUGGUUUUGGGAAGGAAGAAAAAGGACCUAUCAUCUCAUAAGUUCUUGGGGAGACGUUCUGCUUUACACAAGGCAGUGCCCUCUAGCUGUGUGAGCAGGAGCUCAGCUCACAUUCCAUUUUCUGACAUCCUCGUCACUCACAACUUCAAAACCCGAAGCAUCAAUGGACGUGGUAUUAAUAUCUGAUAUACAAUUUAUAUCAUGUUAUAUAAAUUGUAUUGGGGCACAGUGUAGCUCGACUCCAUUCUUUUUUUUAAAUUGAAGUAUAGUUGAUUUACAAUAUUGUGUUAGUUUCAGGUGUACAGCAAAGUGAUUCAGUAUAUAUAUAUUAUAUA